CACCUUGGGCUCGGCAUGCACCUCGCUUAUCUCAUCCUCACCGUCUUCCUGGGACAGCUCCUGGGCACCACGGGGCAAAACACGGUCACCCAGGAAGAUGGAGCAGUCACAGUGAAGCAGGGACACCCCUUCCACACCACCUGCAAAUACCAGAUCAGUGGUUUUAAUGCCCUGCUCUGGUACCAGCUACAGAAAGGCCAAGGCCCGCAGCUGAUCUCCUAUCAAGCAGGGAGUGGCCCCAAGCACAGCGGCCGUUUCACCACGCACCUCAACACCACGGGGAAAUACAGUGUCCUGCAGGUGCAGCAAGUGGAGCUCUCUGACACUGCCCUGUACCUCUGUGCUUUAAGUCCUGGUAUUGGUGCAAACAGACUCACCUUUGGAAGUGGAACCAGGCUGCUGGUAAAGCCCAAAGUUACGCCAUCUCCCUCAGUCUACAGGCUGACCUCUAAAGACAACCAGGACCUGGAGAUGUGCCUCAUCACGGAUUACUCCCCUGAGAAGCUCACCCUGAGCUCAGCUGAGCACCCCACGGCCGCGGUCGUGGGGGUGGCGGUGGCGGGGGGCGGCGAGGAGUCCAGCUACCUGUCCACCCACUGGGCCAGGAGGGACCAGCUGCACUGCGGGGCCAGCCACGAGGGCUUUGGAGAGCUGGAGAGUGAGGACCCUGAGAGUGGUGCCAGUGCUGUCUGUGUCACAGGGCUGUCCCUACACUUCAGGACAGAUGAACACUUGAACACACUGUCUUUAUCACAGCUGGGCCUCAAAAUUGUUUUAAUGAAAGGAAUAAUUUUUAACGUGGUGAUGACGAUGCUUAUGUGGAAGAAAAAAAAGGACUGAGAGUAAUGAGGUGGUGCAGUCCUGAAGUACCAAAACCAUCAGCUUUGAGAGAGCAUCGUGGGCAAGAGGAGGCACAGGGAUAUUCCCUGUGGAAGGGACAUCACUUGCUCUUAUACAUCACACCAGCCAUUAUAUUCUAAAUUGCUUUAUUUGCAUUGCUUUAAAACUACUCCAAACGAAACAUUUCCAGCAUUCUGCCCUCCAGAUGCCUGGGUCAUUCACCAGCCAGUGCCUCUUUUGCAUGAAGCAGACUUUGCUGUAAUUGUACAUUGCCAAGCAUUCCGCUGUUACUUGCAUUAAAACAACGACUUCUGCCUGGAGCAGUGUUGUUUGUCAAAAACUGCAAGUUAAAUAUCACCUGAAUGGGAUUUUUUUCCUAUUUUGGCAGCUUUAGGGUAUUCAUGUCUCUUAGGGUGCACCCCCAGAACCCUUUUCAGGUAAAAAUGAAACUCUUUGAAAAGCAAAGGGAGACUCAGGAUGCACUGUCCUGCCACCCUUUGCUAGACCAGAGAAAGAUAUCCCCUUUUUAUUCCCUAGAGGAUGAGCUGCAGGUUUCCCAGAAGUCCCAAAUUCAGUGAAAUUGUCACUUCAAUAUCACAAAAAAAAAAAAAACCAAACAAACAAACAAAAAUUAUUUUUUAAAGUCUAACUGAUCAUAGCAUCUUAAUUUAAACCAGUUGAAUAUUUGGCUUUGCGUUUAGUAAAAAGACAAACCACUUUUGUUCUUUUGGAUUACUUCUAACAACCUGAGCUCUCCCAGGUUCUUUCUGUAACAAUUGCAUAAAAAUACACUGAAUUAUUUAUCUGUCCACGUGUGCCCACCUUGGAGCAGUGCUUGCCUGUGACAUCUGCAUGCUGCUAAUUAAUAAACUGUACUGGCACCCACAAGAUGUCUUGGCAUUUCUCCAUGCUGUUAUCAAAUACUUAUUACCAAAAAUAAGAAACUUGUUUGUCUCUUGUGUUUGUUGUUUGAGGCAUUGCUUCCCCCUUCAGCUGAGCUUUGGGGUGAGGGAGGGAAGGGGUUGGAUCCACCACGGAGGGGGGAACAAAGCCCUUCUGCAGGACAUCUGUGCUGUGUCCCUGCCAGGACAGGGGGGAGACAGAGGAGGAGGAGCCCCUCUGCCCCAAGGGGAGACCCUGAGCUGGGUGGAGACACCAAAAAACAUCACUGUGAAAAACAUGGGUCACCUUUGUUAAAAUUUAAUAAUGAAAUUAAGACAUUAAGAGACAUAAAAAAGCACAAAAGUGACAGACGUCUGGGUGCUGGUCUUCCCCUUAAAAAAAUAGGUUAUUGAAUAUUCAUAAAUUUCAUACAUGAUUCAAACAUUCCUUUCAACUUUAGGUGUUUCUGCUUAAUUUCAGCUGUUCUCUCCCACCAUUCUGUCUUGCAAAUAAAUCUUCUUGUGGCUCCACGAAGCUGCAAAUUCCUUGAUAACAGAGACAACAAAUUCUUUCUUUUGAAGCCUUUGCUGGCCUUGCUGUUAUCUCUAUCCAGACAGGAUGAUGUGAGGAAUUUCUUAAUUGUGUCUCCUUUCUUUGAGAUAGUUACAAAAAGCAUUUUACAUCACGUAGUUUCUAUUUUGAUAUCAUGCUAUGGUCUAAAAACUAGAUUUAUCACACUACUAAAACAGACUACAUUAAUACAACAUAACUUUCUAAUAUAACACAUAGUAUUCAUUUUAAUAUUUGCAAAAAGCCAGUCAUAUAAUAUUUGUAACAGCCACAGUGAGGGGACUGCUCAUGGCUCCUGGAGGCAGAUUGCUGCUGCUGAGGGGUACUCAGGACCCUGAGGUGUCCUGUCCCCAAGUCCCCACUCCUGAGUGUCACUGCAGCACAGGGCACCAAUGGGCCCCCUUUGCCUCCAGGUUCUGGCCCUGGCAAGUCUGGAAGGGAAAUGUUCUCCUGUUGUGACAUCAAUUCCUCCAGCGUUUCCUGAUGCCACAGUGAUUUCUGAGACUACCUAAAAACAGAGGCCAGACAAAAUUAAGAGAAUAAAAAGCAGUUCUGGUUUUUGAAGGGCCCUCAGGUACAUUUUGGGCAGAUGAAGCCCCCCAGGGGCUACACCCAAAAACGGACCAUGGGUCAUGGGUUUUCACACUUUUAUAAGUUUGGGCCAUUUGCAUAUUGGGAGUUAAUUUUCCAAUUACAGCUCCAGGUAAUGAAGUCAUUUACCCCCAAGUUUGCUCCCCCCAACUCACUUUUGUUCCUACUUUUUGGGGCCUGAUGCAGUGAGGUGCCCUUGAGACCCAGGCCUGGAGAGGAAUUGCUGUGUCUGACCAAAAUGGGGAGGCAGCAGCUCCCACUGUGUGUGGAGUUUGGAGUUAUCCACUAAAGAACUGCAGGAUUACAAAUAGAUGAAAAAUAGAAAACCUCAGAUCCUAAGGCAGCACCAGAGGUUCCUCUGUGGGGGAGAAAUGAGAAGUAUGCUCUGACAGAAACACACUCUCCCUGCAAAGCUUGAACCUUGUACCUCCCACGAGUUCCCAAAGGCAGGAAAAGCCUCCCAGGACCAGUGAGGGUGCUUGUCCCUCCCCCAGCUGGGCUCACAGCCUGCACAAGGAGCUGGUUUGGAAAGGGUCACGAUUCAAACCCUUUGAGCCAAAAGCCCUGGUGCUUCCUGUGGGAGGACCAUGCCAGGAUUGUUAGAAAUGAGACGCUUGACAGGGCCAAUAUUUCAAGCAGCAAUUCAAUUUAAUAAUUGAUUAAUUAGCAUGGUAAAGUGUGAGCAAAGGCAGCGCUGGGUACAGUGGAAGGAUUUUCCCUUCCAACUGCACACCCAUUGCUGGACUUGCUGGGAUUUUAUUGGCUAUAUUCAUACAUAUUCAUAAGCUUUUCUUAGCUGUUUCUAUUUCUAAUUUCUAACGUCAUUAUUCAAUACCUAACAGUAGUAAAUCUGUGAUGGUGACGUUUGGUUCCUGUUCAAUUUCUAUACUCUAUUGUGAUCCAUUUUAGAUUUCAAUAUUCCAGGUUGUUCAUCCAUGCAUUCUACUCAUGAUCAAAUCUGCCAUGCCACUGGGAAACAGCCUGAAGAAGCUGCCUAAACCAUAUAUGAACGAUAAAGCAAGUCAUAAGUCAUCGCAUUUCACAGAUUUCUAACCAAUGAACCUCAUUCUAGAAAAUUUCAGGGAUGUGGAAGAAAACUUUCCAUACUCAUUCCACAGUCAUCACCUAUUAAAAUUAAUAACCAUAGUAAAUGUUUUAUCUUGCACUUCAAACUCACUCCCAGAUGAAGGGACAAGAGUUAAGGACUGUGCUGCCUCUGUUUUCACAUCUCUUUCCUCUUCCAGGUUAAAAUUACCCCAGUGCAGGAUUUGCCAAGUGGGAGAUGAGUUCAAUGUUUUGACUAAAAUGGCUCCUGCAAAGCACUGAACUUGCAAGGUCUACUUCAAAAACACUUUCAGAUAUCAGGCUGCCAAUCUCCCACCACCACAACGUGCCCCCCCUUUCCCUGCAUUUUCUUGUUUAUUUCAAGACACAAAAACCACAGAGCAAAGCAAAGCCAGGAAAUAACAGCAGGACAGGAGGUGGAAAGGGGCUCGUGGCCCAGGUGGGGCAGGAAGAGGCCACAGCACGAGUUCCAUGACGCCACAGUCGAGAUCUAGGUCACCACUGCUGCUCGUCUGCAGCCCACCACAAAAGCCACAUCCUCUGGAAAGUGCAGCACAGAGGGGGUGGAGGUGGCACGUGGCAGAGAGGGGGAG